AUGAAGAUAUCACUUUCAGCACUUUCGUGCAUCUUCUAUGGGACGUUAAGCAUUGCCCUGCUUUCGCCGUCUCGGAUCCACAACGAGACCGUUCCGCGUCGUCGUCCGCUCAGCGUCUUUGCAUGCGACGAGAGGUGUAUCGAGAACUACCGCAAGCGCCUGUCCAUUAGGGAUGACGAAGCGAGUACAACUGAGUCCAAACUCAACCCAGCGGACUGGAUGCGCAUUUUAGAAGCAAUAUUGGCGGAUCGACAUGAUAUUAUGCUGAAGGAUCUCAGUCCAGUCCAAUUGAGGGCGUUCAACGGGAAGAUCGAGUGCGGAAUGCAGUUCGGCAAGCGAGCGAUAGCCAAGACAAUCCAGGGCCAGGUCAGAACGCUGGACAAGCGAGGCGGAAUUUGUCAUGUGGAGGCCAGGACAUGCCUCAGACUUGCCUGUGCGCGCGGCGGUGCCAUCACUUGGUGCAACGACGGGGAUAAACCGGUAGCUCGACAAUGCAGAGAUAUCGCGACGGACGCCAAGAGUGUCAUGGCUCGGUGCAAACACGGGCAUCCCAAACAUGGAAUUAUCUGGACUCGCGGGCAGAUACGUGAUUCGGACACCACGAGAGUCCUGGUCAACAAGGCGUUGUGCUGA